CCGGCGGGACGCUCAAGCCCGCGCCCCGGAGGCUCUCCAGCCAACUCGCGUCGCGGCCAGCGCAGAGCAGCACAUCCGGCCCAGGAAACUAGGAGGAGAACAAAUUUCUCGAAAGGAACCAACUUGAGAAGAGCUCGGGAGAAAGGGGAGCGGACGCACGGAAGAAAGGGGUGGUGGCGCCCGGCCCCCGCGCGCCACUGCGGUCCCGGAGCCCCCGCUCCGGCCAGAGACCCUAGCGCGGCGGGCUGAGGGCUAUCCGGCCCCCCCACGGCCCGCGGCAUGGCCCGGGGCGCGGGGCUCCUGCGGCGGGCGUCUCUGUGCGCCCCCGCCGUCUGGGUGGCCGCUGCGCUCCUUCUCUGCAUGUCCAGGACUUCAGGUGAAGUGGAGGUUCCUGACCCAGAUGACCCUUUGGGACAACUCGAUGGACACAACAGCCCCAUUCCAACUCUGAAAGGUUACUUUCUGAAUUUCCUGGAGCCCGUAAACAAUAUCACUAUCGUCCAAGGCCAGACUGCAAUUCUCCACUGCAAGGUGGCGGGAAACCCACCCCCCAACGUGCGGUGGCUGAAGAACGACGCCCCAGUGGUGCAGGAGCCGCGGCGCAUCAUCAUCCGGAAAACGGAGUACGGCUCGCGGCUGAGAAUUCAAGACCUGGACACGACGGACACCGGCUACUAUCAGUGCGUGGCCACCAACGGCGUGAAGACCAUCACGGCCACCGGCGUCCUGUUCGUGAGGCUCGGUCCAACACACAGCCCAAAUCAUAAUUUUCAGGACGACUAUCACGAGGAUGGAUUUUGCCAGCCCUACCGGGGAAUUGCCUGUGCACGCUUCAUUGGGAACCGGACCAUUUAUGUGGACUCCCUCCAGAUGCAGGGGGAGAUUGAAAACCGAAUCACGGCCGCCUUCACCAUGAUCGGCACCUCCACGCACCUGUCGGACCAGUGCUCCCAGUUCGCCAUCCCGUCCUUCUGCCACUUCGUCUUCCCGCUGUGCGACGAGCGCUCCCGGGCGCCCAAGCCCCGCGAGCUGUGCCGCGAUGAGUGCGAGGUGCUGGAGAGCGACCUGUGCCGCCAGGAGUACACCAUCGCCCGCUCCAACCCGCUCAUCCUCAUGCAGCUGCAGCUGCCCAAGUGCGAGGCGCUGCCCCUGCCCGAGAGCCCCGAGGCCGCCAGCUGCAUGCGCGUGGGCAUCCCCGCCGAGAGGCUCGGCCGCUAUCACCAGUGCUACAACGGCUCGGGCACGGACUACAGAGGGACGGCGAGCACAACCAAGUCGGGGCACCAGUGCCAAGUGUGGGUCCUGCAGCACCCCCACAGCCAUCACCUGUCUAGCGCGGACUUCCCAGAGCUCGGCGGGGGGCACGCCUACUGCCGGAACCCCGGAGGCCAGAUGGAAGGGCCCUGGUGCUUUACCCAGAAUAAAAACGUACGCAUGGAACUCUGUGGCGUACCCUCUUGUAGUCCCCGAGACAGCAGCAAAAUGGGGAUUCUCUACAUCUUGGUUCCCAGCAUCGCCAUACCCUUGGUUAUCGCGUGCCUCUUCUUCUUGGUUUGCAUGUGCCGGAAUAAGCAGAAGGCAUCGGGGUCCACCCCGCAGCGCCGACAGCUGAUGGCCCUUCCCAGCCAGGACUUGGAAAUGCCUCUCAUUAACCAGCACAAACAGGCCAAGCUCAAAGAGAUCAGCUUGUCCACGGUGAGAUUCAUGGAGGAGCUGGGGGAAGACCGAUUUGGGAAAGUCUACAAAGGCCACCUCUUCGGCUCCACCCCGGGAGAGCAGACGCAGGCCGUCGCCAUCAAAACGCUGAAGGACAAAGCAGAGGCGUCACUCCGGGAGGAGUUCAAACACGAGGCCACCAUGCGUGCCCGGCUCCAGCACCCCAAUAUCGUCUGCCUGCUGGGGGUCAUGACCAAAGACCAGCCCCUCAGCAUGGUCUUCAGCUACUGCGCCCACGGCGACCUCCACGAGUUCCUGGUCAUGCGCUCGCCGCACUCCGACGUGGGCAGCACGGACGACGAGCGGACCGUCAAGUCGGCCCUGGAGCCCCCGGACUUUGUCCACGUCGUCGCUCAGAUCGCCUCGGGGAUGGAGUACCUCUCCAGCCACCACGUGGUCCACAAGGACCUGGCGACCCGCAACAUCCUCGUGUACGACAAGCUGACCGUGAAGAUCUCAGACCUGGGCCUCUUCCGGGAAGUGUAUUCCGCUGACUACUACAAACUGAUGGGCAGCUCGCUGCUGCCCAUCCGCUGGAUGUCCCCCGAGGCCAUCAUGUACGGCAAGUUCUCCAUCGACUCGGACAUCUGGUCCUACGGUGUGGUCCUCUGGGAGAUCUUCAGCUACGGCCUGCAGCCCUACUGUGGGUAUUCCAACCAGGACGUGGUGGAGAUGAUCCGCAGCCGGCAGGUUCUCCCGUGCCCCGACGACUGCCCUGCCUGGGUGUACGCCCUGAUGAUCGAGUGCUGGAACGAGUUCCCCAACCGGCGGCCCCGCUUCAAGGACAUCCACAGCCGGCUCCGAGCCUGGGGCAACCUCUCCAGCUACAACAGCUCGGCACAGACCUCGGGGGCCAGCAACACCACGCAGACGAGCUCCCUCAGCACCAGCCCCGUCAGCAACGUCAGCAACGCCCGCUACGUGGGGCCCAAGCAGAAGGCCCAGCCCUUCCCGCAGCCCCAGUUCAUCCCCCUCAAGGGCCAGAUCAGACCCAUGGUGCCCCCGCCCCAGCUGUACAUCCCCGUCAACGGGUACCAGCCCAUGCCGGCCUACGGGGCCUACUUGCCAAAUUUCUACCCUGUCCAGAUCCCCAUGCAAAUGGCCCCCCAGCCGGGACCCCCUCAGAUGAUCCCCAAGCCCGGCUCCCACCACAGUGGCAGCGGCUCCACCAGCACGGGCUAUGUUACCACGGCGCCCUCCAACACAUCCGUGGCAGACCGGGCUGCCCUGCUCUCGGAGGGUGCCGAGAAUGCACAGAACACGCCAGAAGAUGUGGCCCAGAGUCCCGUGCAGGAAGCAGAGGAGGAGGAGGAGGGCUCGGUCCCAGAGACGGAGUUGCUGGGGGACAAUGACACGCUGCAGAUGGACGAGGCUGAGGCCCAGCUGGAAGCCUGAGGGGGCUGGCCCGUGGCACUUCCUGCCUGGGGAAAACUCCCUGCCACCGUGAUUCCAUGAUUCCAUGGGGACCUUUAUCAGCCACCAGGUCAGGAACUUCGCGCCAUGGAGGAGACGUGAACUGCAGCAGGUGUGCUGAGCCCAAGGUACCAAUGGGCGUUUUUGCAACUUGAUGGUGUGCAUGAAACACUGCUUUCCUUUUGUCAUCUGCGUGAUGCCCUGGUAGAAAGGGCUGCAGGUGGGCGGCCACACAACGUGAUAUCCAUCAGAAGCAGGAUGUACAGCAAACCCCACAGCCACCUGAGUUUAUCCCAGUGGUAGCUCGGUAGCAAGCAGUGGAUAGGCUUUGGAAGAAAAUAAGGUGAUGUCUUUUCUCCAUAUUGUACAUGGAUUGAAUAUUGCGCAAAUGGGCCUGCAAAAAGCAGCAAGAUGGCUCUUUGGAUUUUGAAAUCCACAGCGCCUAGCCUUUUGGUCUUAAGGAUGAAGGAAGUUCAUUUUCUCUCUGCUGCCUCGUUGCCCGUCAUAGCUUCCCUUCAGCAGCCAGAGAUUUGCAAGAAUAGCAUGCUGCCCGUUUUGCUGCAGGUUCUGAUGAAAAAGGGUCUUCUGAAAUGGAAGUUUCCCACAUUAAAAAAAAAGUGCCUUUAAAAGAAACCAACAGAAUUUUGUAUUUUUUUGUGAAAUGGUUUUAAUUAUACUGCAUAUGUACCUUGCCCACUUUUCUGGAAUUCAAGGGAACCUGUUUCUUGAAUUUGGAAUGUUACAAAGAGGCAAUAUUGUACAGAACACAGUAUUGUUAAUUUUUUUUUAAGAAUCAUGUACAGACCUUAAAUGUAAUUUAUAUGUUUUUUGUAUGCCAUUUUCCUCAAAGUAUUUUGAUCUUAAAAUAAUUCUUUCGUAAUUUAACUGUUUACAUUACUUUGGGAUACCAUCUAAUUGUAUCUCUGGUUUGUUUAUUUUUAUACAGUUUAUAAGUGAGGUUCAUUCAUUUCAGAACCCCUCUGAUGGCAGAGCCCACAGACUUGCCAUCUGUAUGCAGCCCAUGACACGUUGUGGAUCUCAUUUGUAAAUCCCACACCUGGUGUAUCCAAUAAAGUGAA